AGUACUUCCUCAUCCUGGCUGCUGUAUAGUGGCAGACAGCCGUUGCUCCUGGCCCUUCAGUUUUUUCGCCCUUUAGAAUCUGUUCGUGGAGCUCGGCAAAGGACGAAUAUUUUCAGUGAGCUGUGCCUCAGGGCACUCAGGCAGAGGCUAGGCUCUAGGACAACGUCCAGUAUCUUGACACGAGUAGUUUAGUUGACAGACAACCAUGCUGAAACCAGGGGCCACCAAGGUGGGGCUGCCAAAGCCGGGACUCCAGGAACGGGCGAAGCAAGCCUCCUUGUUCUCCUCCUCUUCCUCCACCACCUCCACAGCCAUGAAGACCUCCAGAUCCUCCAACAUGCUUGCCUCAGACCAGCGCCUCAGCAGGCUGAAAAGAGCGAGCAGCGACGAUGCCUUGACAAAGCCGGCACUGGGAGCUGCUGCCUCCGGCUCACGGAUGAAGAAGACUGUGACUACCGGAGCCAUUUCGGAUCUUGCCGAGGCCCGUCCUCGCAGCCUGUCUGGUGUUCAAGCUGCCAAGAGGUCCGGUAUCCCAGCCCCUAGGGAAAUCUCUUCUACCCUAACAAGAGACCGCAUCUCUCUGAAGGACCAGCUGAGGAGCUCCUCCACGAAGAGAAUGGUUUCUAGUGCCAGCACUUCCAGCCUCUCCACCCUGGCAAAGCAGACUCGCAGUUCAACCAAGUCCCGUGCAGAUGCAGAGGGCCAAGAAAGGGGCCUUCUGGAGUGCCAGGUGAAAGAGCUGCUGGCUGAGGCCAAGGCCAAAGACUUAAAGAUCAGCAAUCUCAGGAUGGAGCUGCAGCACUGCAAAGGUAAAGCCUCCUCUUCACCCUCAUCCAGCUCUGUCUCUCCCCAAGAGCCUACUGCAGAUCAAGAGCAGGGACAGGUGACGGAGGCCCUUGUUCUGGUUGGGGAGUUGAGGGAGAAGAACGGGAAGUUCCAGAGAGAGCUGGCAGCCCUCAGAGAGGAAAACCAGACGCUGAAGGAAAAGCUGCUUUGCUUGGAAGCUUCUCCGCUCUCGAGUACAAACACAAGCUCCCCCUCCAAGCCUUUGGUAAAUGGCCUGCCUUCAGACUCCAACUCCUCAGCUUCUCAACAAGAUAGCCCCCCCUCCACUGCCAGCCCACUCAAACAAUCUGUCUCCUUCAGCUCUGAUAUCACCAAGGACUCACCAUCACCCGACUCCUCAGAGUUUGAGAAGAUCACAUCAUGCUCAGAAUCAGUGAGCAGCGGUGAGGUUUUUGCAGCGGGAGCAGUAGCCAAUGCACACGGGCGGGAUGUGUCCGUGCAGCGUCUAACAGAACAGAUUCAUAAGAUGGAGGAGAACCACCACAGUACAGCAGAGGAACUGCAGGCGACUCUGCAGGAGCUGGCCGACCAGCAGCAGGUGGUGCAGGAGCUGACGGCUGAGAACGAGCGUCUGGCUGAGGAGAAGCGCCUCCUGCAGACCUCGCUUCAACAGCAGAGAGAACGUCAGGAGGUGCUGGCCCAGAAGAACGAGGCGCUGGCUGUCAGACUUCAGGAGCAAGCCCAAACUCAGGCCCAGAGGGAGGAGGAGCUGGGUAGCCAAGGGCCUCGGCUGUCCGAGCUGGAGCAGCGGUAUGGCGAUCUGGUGGAGAGCUCGCGCUUUGAACGGGAGAAGCUGGUGGACAUCCAGCAGCAGCUGACCGGGAGCCUGCGAGCUCUGGAGGAGGAGCACCAGGAGUCCCAGGGCCAGGUACGCUGCCUGAGAGAGGAGAUGAACAGACUGCAGGCACAGCUGGACAGGGAGCUGGAAGUCGGAGGUCAGGCGGCACAAGCUGCAGAGGAGCAGAGGGCGACAGUGGACUGUCUCAGACUGGAAAACAGUCGACUGAAGGCUCAGGUGGACAUAGAGAGGCAAAAGGUGGGUGAGCUGAAGGCCAUGCAGAGCGCCAGUGACAGCACUGAGCUGCAAAGCCUGCUGAAGACAGCCCACACAGAGAGAGACAGGCUGGAAGUGGAGCUGACGGAGCUGAGGGAAGAGCUGCGACAGGCCCAGGCCGAGGCUGAGCACGGCCGAGCCACAAUAUCCAAGGUGGAGGCCAAAUGCCAGCAGGUUCAGGAGUGGGCAGAGAGGAGGGAGCAGGAGCUCGGGGGCCAGGUGACUUCUCUGGAGGAGGCCGGGGUCCAGGCUGAGAACCAGGUGAAGGAGCUGAAGGAGACCAUCUUUGAGCUGGAGGACCAGGUGGAGCAGCAGAGGGCAGUCAACUGUCACACCAACCAAGCCGUCCUGGACAUGGAGAAUCUCGUCAAAAAGCUGGAGGAGCAAAAAGCUGAAGUGGAGCGACAACUGAAAGUCUUGAAUAGACAGAUGAGGGAUGAAAAAGAGGAAUGGCGCCGCUUCCAGGCAGAUCUCCAGACCGCCGUGGUGGUGGCCAAUGACAUCAAGGUGGAGGCUCAGCAGGAGCUGCGCGCCCUCCGGAGGCAGCUGCAGGAAGAGCAGGAUCGCAGCGCAAAGCUUUCUUCUGACCUGGAGGCCCUGCAGGGAGUCAGGUCCCAAGGUGAUGAGGUGAGAGUGUUCGACUCCGAUAGCAGCCGUCACUGGUGUGGCAUGUCCAUGGUCCCGACCACACCCACCGACGCCAGUGGAGAUGCCGAAACAGAGCCCGGAGCUACUGUCAAAUCCCUCAUUAAGUCCUUUGAUACUGUUGGACAGAAUGGACCAGGUCACACAGUUCAAAUGCAUUCCUCACCCAGAAGCCCGCUGAGUGGGAUUCCUGUACGCACCGCCCCCGCUGCUGCUGUCUCCCCGAUCCAGAGACAAUCAUACAUAAAGCCGCUGUCAAAGACAUUGGAGAAAAGGAUCAAUCAGGGAGAAUUCUCUCAUCCUCACGACAAGUUGUCAGGCUGCGGGGAAGACGUAAAACCUAACAGCCUCAUGAGGAAGAGCCCUUCACUGGAGUCUGUAAUUAAAACUCCCAUCUCCUUCAGCAGCCGCACAGCAUCCUUCAGCUACAACCGGGGCAACAGCAAACUCAGUGUGGAAAGAAAGGACCCCUUGGCUGCUCUGGCGCGGGAAUACGGAGGAUCUAAGCGAAAUGCUCUACUGAAGUGGUGCCAGAAGAAAACAGAAGGCUAUCCGAAUAUCGAUGUGACCAACUUCAGCAGCAGUUGGAGCGACGGCCUGGCUUUCUGCGCCCUCCUGCACACGUAUCUUCCUGCACACAUCCCUUACCAGGAACUCAUCAGUCAAGAUAAGGUCCGGAAUCUGACCCUGGCUUUCCAGGCCGCCGAGAGCAUUGGUAUCAAACCCUCCCUGGACAUCGGGGAGCUGAUGAAGACCGACAGGCCGGACUGGCAGAGCGUCAUGCAGUACGUCUCUCAGAUCUACAAGUACUUUGAGACCUGACCGGUGAGGAGGAGGAAGAGGAGGAGGACCUGGAGCCCGAUGAAGACUGGAGGCACCGCAGCACUUUUCUGCCCCGUCUGUCAGCACCACCUUCACCACACAUACAGACUUCUCGUGCUCACUGUUCCACACUAGAGACACGACGGAGAAGCAGUUCAGUUCCUGGGGAAUCAAACUGUCGUGAAGGUCAAAGUGUCAGCUGAGCAUCUGAUUCAAAGACAAGGGGAAGCAGACAAACUGAUUGUGGAUCAAAAUACGAUUCGAGCCUCAGAGCAGUUGACAGCACAGUUGAGAGAGAGGAUUAAUGACGGUACAAUCUUCUUAUCCCUUGAUAUUGAUUUUGAAAUAACCUCUUUUUUUAGAUAAUGUGACUUAAAUGCAUACAAUCUUUGUCACAAACUGUCUGAAAAUUUGAAUUUCCCAUCAGAUCAAAUGUCUCAGUUGCUCCUGGACUCAGUCCCCGUGCUACCCGGUGCCACCAACACUUAUUAUCAGAGCCGUUCGUGAAUCAAAACCUCCGUGGCAACGCCCUGACUUUUGUGCCAAGUCUUCUGCCAAAACAUGACUUAUUCAAGACGGUCAGAGUGUAGUGUUCGGUCUCGGCGUGACAUCACCUCUCACAAACCAGUGUGAACUCCACUUUUGUUAAAUUUGGCUUUUUGUUUUGCUGAAAUGUUGCUAAAAAGAAUGGACACAGAGUUCUCAUUGUAAACUAGCUGGAGUUUGAAGGUAUUUGAAAACGGACUGAGUUUGGGUUGAGCUGAAGCCUUUUUUAUUUUCCUCUUUAAUCCUGUAUCUUGGUUUGUCUUGGUUUAAAAAAAAAGAAGGAGAUAGACGAACCACGGCUGCCAUCUGUUAUGUGACAUUCAAAUGGUUUAAUACUACGAGAGCUGCUGAAUAGUUUUGUAGAAAUAUUUUUUAUGAAAACUGACUGAUCUCUAUGUUUGUGUUGUUCACUAAGGAUUGACUCGGAGCAUUGUACCGUAUCUGCUGUGUUGUUCCUCCAUCGAAAGUCUCUCCACCACUAUGGUACUGCAGCAGCUCUGCAAAAAAACACAUCUCUAUAUUUCGCAUGCCAUGUUAAAUUAUGAACGAGAGGGAAACUUGUACAUGUGAGAGCUGAGGCACAAGCGGGCUCUCUGUGGCGUGGUGUAGAUUGAGCCUCUGUUUGCAGAUGCCCUGGUGUUUUUGGGAGAUUAUUAAAGUGUUUAUUUAUUUAUUUACUAGACGUGCAUCCUGAAAAGUGAAAAAACGAGGACAGAAAUGCAUAAAGUUUUUUUUUAUUGCCAGAUGUCAGAUGCCUAUUGGAUGAAUAUUACUCAAUAAAGAAUUCUCAAGUUUUAUUUUCAA